GAGACGGUCCUUUGGGGCAGGCAGAAGCGGAUAAAAGAGGGCUGGCAGAGCUGCAGUCAAGCACAAACUUGCUCCGAAUAGGCUGCCAAGCAGGAGCCAUGCCUUGCCUCCCCAUCAGCGCCCCACUAGCUGCAGCCGCCCUGCUCCUGACUCUUCUCUGCUCUGCUGCCCCCAAGGUGGAAGGGGUCUCACUGGCGCAGAUGGGAGGUGAGCUGCGGUGCCAGUGCGUCAACACUCAUUCCAAAUUCAUCCCCCCCAAACACAUCCAGGAUGUCAAGCUGACCCAAAGUGGACCCCACUGCAAGAAUGUGGAAGUCAUAGCGACUCUGAAGGACGGCAGAGAAGUGUGCCUGGAGCCCAGCGCCCCCUGGGUCAAGAUGAUCAUCAAAGCCAUCCUGGACAAGGCUCAAGGCAAUGCCCCAUAAGCCACUGCAAAGGAAGCUUCAGAGGGGUGUGUGGAAACCUGAGCCAUUUCAAUCCUGCCUGAUUUUCACAAGGAACCUUUAUGCUGGAGUGGAGGAUCUAUUUCCCGGCUCUUGUACAACAGCAUUUUCAGAAAACAAGGGUCCAAAAGCUUCAGCAUCAGCCCGGAAGAGCCCAGAGGAAGUUGACGCCUGCAGGCAGGCCAGAAGGAGGGCUCCAGGCUCACUUUGCCCCACAGCCAUGAUUAGGACAAGUCCAGGAGGGGGCUUCUGUUUCCCAGCGGGGGGGGGGGGGGUGGCGGCGGCUCAAGUCCACCUGAAGGCGGAAGGAACCUGUGAGCUGCUGUGAAUCCUUUCUCUGUCAAGACCUCAGGCACAACUCUCAGCACCAUCUUCUCUGUCCAAUUAUUUAUUGACAUGGACAUUUCUAGAAAAUGUUUCUGCCUGAUACAGUUUUCAAAUGGCCUUGUUAGGAGUUGAAGAAAGUAUUUAUUUAUAUUGUCAAAUAAGGGUUUGGAAUGUUCUAAACUUAAGAAUUCCUCAUAGCAAAGAAAAUGCAUCCUGAAUCCCACAUUUAUAUGUGAGAUGAAAAAUGUUUUAUUUAUAUAUUUAUUGUUAAUGUAUUAUUUGAAAUAUUUUUGUAUACAUGCUGCUGUUUAAAUUAUUUUAUACUAUUUAUACUAAAUUGGAUAAAUAUAUUUUAAAUAUAUUUUUAAUAAACAUUUCUUUUUUAAAAA